UGUUGACCAACUGAAAUAUAUUUUAAUAAAUUGAAAACAAAUGCUAUUUCAGAAUUGAUUAAACAAGAAAAUGCAAGAAUUCUCAGCUAAACGCGAUGCUCUAUUCGCCUGCCUGGAUGAUGCCAGUAAAGAAUUGAAGGGCACGGCAUUGGACCAGAGCAAGGCCAAAUCGUACUCGGUCAGCGCUCUCGAAAGAGGAAGUAAUUCCGGAAACAGGCCCGGAUCCGGGUCCAGACAGGUGAUGAACUAUCGCCAUGGUCGCAGCAUUGAUACCGGCCUCGAUCCGGAGAAUGGUAGACUGCGGAAAAUGCGCGGUAAAGAGAGCAUUUUCAAGAAACCGGAACUGCCUAUCGGUCGCUGCUUAAAGCCCAGGAGAACACCCGAUUAUCAGAUCAAUCCCCACAAAUGGAAGAAGUACUCUCUGGAAGAUGUGGAUAUCUCCGAUCAGAGCAACUCGGCAGCGGCUCUAUCUUUUCUUCGCGAAAUGGACGCCAAGAAAGAAGCCGGUAUGGAAGAAGAUGAAUCCCCAGACACUAAGGGCAAAAUCGAGUUCAAGAAGACCAGCAAACUGAACCGAAAUCUCAAAAAACUUGAGCAGGAAGAGGUCCAGGACGUAGAGUUGGACAAACCCCAGUUGAGAGGCUCCAAACUAGUAAUGCCGGAGUACGUAAUUGGCCAAAAAUCGCGACCACAAAAGAAAUCGAAGCCCAAAGGAAACCAGAGUCGUGCCUCUGGGACAUUGCAACUAUCCCAUUUGGAUGAGGAAGAUGAAAUAGAUGAGUAGAUUACAUCAUUAGGCUUUAAAUUUUAGGCUUAAGAACUAG